CGGCGGGGCGGGAGCGCCCGGGCCACGAUGGAUCGCGACGGCUAUGCGGGGGGUGGGAGCCGCGGCGAGGGCGGGCACGGCCGCCGGGAGGGCCCGGCAGGGAACGGCCGCGACCCGGGCCACGGCCACGGAGCCGAUGCGCUCGGGGACCCGCAGACGGCCGCGUCCCUGCUGGCUCCCAUGGACCUGGGGGAGGAGCCGCCGGAGAAGGCGGCGCGCGCCCGGCCGGUCAAGGACCCCAACACCUACAAAGUGCUGUCGCUGGUAUUGUCAGUCUGUGUCUUAACAAUAAUCCUUGGCUGUAUAUUUGGGUUGAAACCAAGCUGUGCCAAAGAAGUUAAGAGUUGCAAAGGUCGCUGUUUUGAAAGAACCUUUGGGAACUGUCGCUGUGAUGUUGCUUGCGUUGAACUUGGAAACUGCUGUCUCGAUUACCAGGAGACCUGUAUAGAACCAGAGCACAUAUGGACUUGCAGCAAGUUCAGGUGUGGCGAGAAAAGGCUGUCCCGAAGCCUGUGCUCCUGCUCAGAUGACUGCAAGGAGCAUGGUGACUGCUGCAUCAACUACAGCCCUGUGUGUCGAGGUGAGAAAAGUUGGGUAGAAGAAAUGUGUGAGAGCAUUAAUGAGCCACAGUGUCCAGCAGGGUUUGAAACACCUCCUACCCUCUUAUUUUCGUUGGAUGGUUUCAGGGCAGAAUAUUUACACACCUGGGGUGGACUUCUUCCUGUUAUUAGCAGACUAAAAAAUUGUGGAACAUAUGCUAGAAACAUGAGACCAGUAUAUCCAUCAAAAACUUUCCCCAAUCACUAUAGCAUUGUCACGGGUCUUUAUCCAGAAUCCCAUGGCAUAAUUGACAAUAAAAUGUACGAUCCAAAAAUGAAUGCUUCCUUUGCACUGAAAAGUAAAGAGAAGUUUAAUCCUGAGUGGUACAAAGGAGAACCAAUUUGGCUCACAGCGAAAUAUCAAGGUCUGAAGACCGCCACAUAUUUUUGGCCAGGCUCAGAUGUGGAAAUUAAUGGAAUUUUCCCAGACAUCUAUAAAAUAUAUAAUGGUUCCGUACCAUUUGAAGAAAGAAUUUUAAGUGUUCUUAAAUGGCUACAGCUUCCACAAGAUCAAAGACCACACUUUUACACUCUGUAUUUAGAAGAACCAGAUUCUUCAGGUCAUGCCCAUGGACCAGUCAGCAGUGAAAUCAUCAAAGCAUUGCAGAGGGUUGACAACAUGGUCGGCAUGCUGAUGGAUGGUCUAAAAGAGCUCAGUUUGCAUCGGUGCCUGAACCUCAUCCUCAUUUCAGAUCAUGGCAUGGAACAAGGCAGUUGUAAGAAAUAUGUAUAUCUGAAUAAAUAUCUGGGGGAUGUUAAAAAUAUUAAAGUUGUAUAUGGACCUGCAGCUCGAUUGAGACCCACUGAUGUCCCAGAUAAAUACUAUUCAUUUAAUUAUGAAGGCAUUGUCAGAAAUCUUUCUUGCCGGGAGCCAAACCAGCACUUCAGACCUUACCUAAAACAGUUCUUACCCAAGCGGUUGCAUUUUGCCAAAAGUGACAGGAUUGAGCCCUUGACAUUCUAUUUGGAUCCUCAGUGGCAACUUGCAUUGAAUCCUUCAGAAAGGAAAUAUUGUGGAGGUGGAUUUCAUGGCUCUGACAACCUAUUUUCAAAUAUGCAAGCCCUCUUUAUUGGCUAUGGACCUGGAUUCAAGCACGGCCUUGAAGUUGAUUCCUUUGAAAAUAUUGAAGUCUAUAACUUAAUGUGUGAUUUACUGAAUUUGACACCUGCUUCUAAUAAUGGAACUCAUGGAAGUCUGAACCACCUCCUGAAGAAUCCUGUUUACACCCCAAAGCAUCCCAAAGAAGUCCGCCCCCCCGUGCAAUGCCCCUUCACAAGGACCCCCAGCAAUAACCUUGGCUGCUCGUGUGAUCCCUCGAUGUUUCCAGUCAUGGAUUUUCAGACACAGUUGAAUCUGACCAUGGCAGAAGAGAAGGUUAUUAAACGUGGCACUUUACCCUACGGAAGACCCAGAGUUCUCCAGAAGAGCGGCACUGUCUGUCUGCUCUACCAGCACCAGUUCGUGAGUGGUUACAGCCAUGACAUCCAGAUGCCCCUCUGGUCAUCCUACACCGUGAACCGAAAUGACAGUUUCUCUACAGAAGACUUUUCCAACUGCCUUUUUGAGGAUAUUCGAAUUUCCCUUAGUCCUGUCCAUAAAUGCUCAUUUUAUAAAAAUAAUGCUAAAAUAAGUUAUGGGUUCCUCUCUCCACCACAACUAAACAAAGGUUCAAAUAAAAUAUAUUAUGAAGCAUUGCUUACCACUAACAUAGUACCAAUGUACCCAAGUUUUCAAGUGAUAUGGCACUACUUUCACGGCACCCUACUGCCAAGGUAUGCUGAGGAAAGAAACGGCGUCAAUGUUGUCAGUGGUCCUGUGUUUGACUCUGACUACGAUGGACAUUACGAUGCCUCAGAGACUCUAAAACAAAACAGCAGACUCAUCCGUAAUCAAGAAAUUCUGAUACCAACUCACUUCUUCAUUGUGCUAACAAGUUGUAAAAAUAUAUCCCAGACUCCCUCACAGUGUGAAAACUUAGAUACCUUAGCUUUCAUUUUGCCUCACAGAACAGAUAACAGUGAGAGCUGUGUGCAUGGGAAGCAUGAAUCCUCAUGGGUUGAAGAGUUGUUAAAACUACACAGAGCUCGGAUCACAGAUGUUGAACACAUCACUGGACUCAGCUUUUAUCAAGAAAGAAAAGAGCCAAUUUCAGACAUUUUAAAGUUGAAAACACAUAUGCUAACUUUUAACCAAGAAGACUGACAUAUAUUUUUUAUUACACAAACAGAUCAUAAAUCUUUCUGAAAGAACCUUCUGUUUUACACAGUCCUUUGUUCACACGAUUGCAUUGUUUGGAAACUGUCGACCACAGUUAGAACUGGGACUCCUCUGUGAUAUGACCAUCUCAGGGAAACGCGUGGCCUCGGCAUAGCAGUAGGAAAGUGUUCCUAUAGAGUCUUGCACAUGUUUGAAUGUGUAACAAUUCAAAUUUGGGAAUAAAGACAGACCAAACCUAAAACUGCUCUUCUACUUCUCUUAAAGGCAGAAGUAGCCUGUGAACAUUGUCUGGAUACCAGAUAUUUGACUCUUAUUAUCAUGAAUAAACUUUGAUGGAACUGGCAACAGCAGGCGUAUGAAUAGGAUUGGACUUAUCCAUGUUACGUUAGUAUCUUCACAAGAAUUUAAAAAUUAUUCUUGAUUUUUUUAAGAAGUGAUUUUGAAAUUUCAUUUAUUUUAGUUUUAAUAAAAAAAAGUUAAUGGAAACAAAUUUUUUUCUGAGAUUCUCAAAAGGCAACAUCUGUAAUCCUGUGUUGUGGGUUUUUUAAUUAUGAUUGGGCUUUUCCAGGUUUAAAGGCUUUAACAAGUUAAACUUUGAGGAAGAUCUGUGAAUUGAGUAUGUCAAUCUUUAUAAAGUUUAUAUUUGUACC